AUGAAAAAGUUUACCAAGAUCUUGCCCCGGCGCCUGCAGGGCCGUGGCGAGAAUGGCUCUGGCAAGCAAAAGGGCAUGGCCGGUCCGGGACUGGAGAGUGCGCGCGACCACCACCAGCUCAGCCUGCGCAAGGGUAUCCCGACGAAGAAGAGGACCAGGACCGGCGCCAGUCGCAUCGUUAUCGGCGUGCCACCUGAUGCGACAAAUGGUGCGCGCCAGAAGAAUGCAAAUGGCGCGGAUGUGAAUGCUGGAAAUGCGCAUGUCAACGGCAAGGAGAUCGGAGAUGCGCCUGGAGCGACGGACAAGGCGCCGGCCGUCGCUGCUCCUACCAAUAGAGAUGCGGCUGCCGACGACGUCCAGCUCAUAUGUGAGCCCUGUGCAGCGAUCGGAUUCCCGAAACUGUUUGAUUGGAAACCUGGCGAGGCGAGACCAUGGGUGCCGCUGGCUCACACCCUCACGGACGUGUCCAACUGUCCCUACUGUACCUUUUUCCAAGCCAUGAUCGGCCACAUCCCCGGCGCUGGCAUUGACGGACCAGCAACUCCAAUAACUUCUGAGCCCUUGAACGAAUCGGAAACGGAGGCGCGGCACUCGUCCGCGACUAGCACGUUUACGCCGUACUUUCGCAUCAGGCAUGCAUUUGAGCGACUCGGUAUCAGCCAGAAGCAUGAACUUGGCAGGUCGAUCGUGUAUGAAGUGACGACGAAGAACAAGUCACUACCGCGCGGCUAUAUUCUGCGUGUGGCAGAGGACGAAACUGGUGUCGAGGGAUAUCUGGAAUCUUCUCGGGAAGACGGAGCGAGCAGCGAGACAGGAACACAAUCCAGUCAGCCCUCAUCACAGCAGCUACCGUCCAGCUUAUUACGAGGCCGCACUGUGCCUGCGCUUCUCGACACAUCUUUGCCGCGCUGCUGGAUUAACUACUGCAGAGAGAACCACGCUGAUGAACGCUGUGCCACGAAACUAGCCGGCCUGCGCAAAGCACCUCUGAAGCUCGUGGACGCGGAGAGCCGCAAAGUCGUUGCGGCGGCAGAUCUGGAGACGCAAGCUUAUGAAUACGUUACGCUCAGCUACGCACUUGGAGAUUCGGAGUUGGAGCCUUUUGCCGAGUCCACAGAGUUACCAGCAACUCUACCAGCGCUAUUCGAAGACUCGCUUUCACUGACCCUGUCACUGGGGUACCGAUUUGUUUGGAUUGACCACUAUUGUCUCCCCCCGCGAGAAAAUAAGCUGGAAAGGCGGCAGCAGCUGGACUUGGUCGGAGAGGUGUUUGCACGCUCCGCGUUGACACUGAUCGUCGCAGCUGGUGACGGUGUGGCUGACGGCAUCCCUGGCGUGAGCGUCCCCCGCGACCAGGACCAGCUUUCGCUCCAAAAUGAGAGUGGCCUGUUCACCACUUCACUGUUGCGCCCUGACGUCGAAGUCGCUGCCUCGCGAUGGGCAAACAAUGCCUGGACGCUCCAGGAGGGCCUCCUGGCACGACGCCGCCUCGUCCUCACGCCCUCCCAGGCUUACUUUCAGUGCGGUGCUCUUCACUGCCAUGAGAGCAUCAGUAUCCCGCUGCGCCUUGCCCCGAGCUUUCCGUUGGGACGCAUCUUCCCCCUGGACGGUAUUGGCAGUGCCGACAUCCGAAAUCUGAUAGGAACGUACAUGACGCGUGAGAUUUCUAGGUCGCAAGAUCGGCUCGAUGCAUUCCGUGGACUGUCACGAGCGUAUGCGACGAGGGACAUAGCCCGUGUCGAUACCUUUAUGGGAUUGCCGCUUUUCGAUCCAGACUCAUUUACCAAUGUCAAGAUUGUCAGCCAGACAGACCGCCUGGCCAUUGCGAUGAGCUGGUUGUGGUCUGGUCGAAUCGUUUCGUCGAGUCGACAGGCAGACAGCGACCUAGAGCCAUGUUAUCUUGACAAGGCCGCCCACUUUCCGUCCUGGACUUGGCUGUCUUGGCGUCUCAGGGAAGAGCAGCCAGCUUCGCUGAGCGGGCAUUCAUUUUGCAUACCCCAGACAAGCGACCAACCCCUACCUGUCGCCGACGGCUUAUGCGCGCCUCCUCGCACUGAGAUUUCCGUGGGCUUUGCAGAUGGCCUGCUGGUCUCAUGGGAGAUUGACGGGGUGGCCAUUUCUCGCCGUGCAGAACCCAUUACCUUUCUACGAAUCAAGACUUUUUGCUUUGAUGUCAAGGUUACCAAAAAGGGAGAUGACUGGCAGGUUGGCGAGCCUGUAGAUGUAUUUGACCAGGCCACACGAGACACCAUCCUGCUGCUCGUGCGCUCCGCUCACACGCCCGCCGAAGCAAGUCCCAGCACGGCCGCGACCAUUGCAGAUGGUGACUACACAGUCACAGCCAUGCUUCUUACCGGCAGAAACUGGCGCCAAACUGAGACGAGCCCGGAAACGAAGCCAUCGAUAGCAGCCACCAUCCUAGCAGAGCACCUCGUGACGGCUCUCUUGUGCGCACCGAAAGAAUGGCAGCCGGAGCAGCGGCUCGUGCGUCUGGGCGUUGUCAGCUUUGGCUCGACGGAAUUCACAAUGAAGGAGUCCAAGGAUGAGGAAGAUGGUGAGGCCACCCUCGAGGGCGUCGCCUCUGUCUCUGGUGAGAAGAAGGGCCUCGAGACCAGGUUGCGAGAGCUUGACCUUUACUGA